GUGGGAAAGGGUGAAUGUGUGCACUGCGCGAUUCUAAGGGCUUACGCUGCGUGGUUGCGUCAUGGCGUUGUGUUGUUUUUACGAAAUCCUCUUUGGACUGGUGUGACGUUCUGUCCGAGGAGAGCAGGUAGCGUCUCGCUGGAGGAGCAGGCACAGCACUGGUAGGGUCCCCAAGAUGCCUGGAAUGGUGAUAUUUGGGAGACGCUGGGCUAUCGCUAGUGAUGACUUUGUUUUUCCGGGAGCCUUUGAACUUUUCAUCAGAAUGAUCUGGUGGAUUGGAAUUCUUAUUUUGUACUCCAUUCACAAAGGGAAAUUUAACUGUACUGGAGGGGGAUUAUUGCACAGCUACCUGCUUGUCCUCCUCGUUCUCCUGGCUGUCAUAAUAUGCACUGUAUCUGCUAUUGUGUAUAUCAGUAUGCAAGGAACAAUUUCUAACCCUGGGCCAAGGAAAUCUCUUCCUAAAUUGAUUUAUACUCGGCUAGGUCUUUAUAUCCCAGAAUUGGUCUGGGCAGUUGUGGGCGCUAUAUGGGUGUCGGACACUGAUGUACGUUGUGAAAGGACUGUGGUAAAUGUCGUAUUUUGGACAGUUAUUGCAAGCUGGGUUAUCAUCAUCUUUACCAUCGUUGCAGUUGUAAUUGUCUUUGAUCCACUUGGGGGGAAAAAGACACUGUACCUGGCUGAUGAUAUAAAUCGCAACUUGGAAAGCAGUCAAUCAGGCCAAUUGUUUUAUAAUGUCAAGAAGACCGCAACCAGAGUCUGGGAGAGGAGAAUCAGGUUACUGUGUUGUUGUAUUAUGCAAGAUGAUGAUCACCGAGUGGCUUUUACAAGUAUUGCAGAGCUUUUCCGCACCUACUUCUCAGACACUGAUCUGGUGCCUAGUGACAUAGCAGCAGGCUUCACUCUGCUCCAUCAAGAGCAAGAUAAAGUGGAAAACUGCCCAAAAGAGCCUGAAGAAAUCCUGUGUCAUUCCCACCUAUCCCAUGUGACUGAUGAUUUGGAUAUUGAAUUAGAAAAUGCUGCUCACUACAUGCAGUUUGCUGCAGCUGCUUAUGGAUGGCCUUACUACAUCUACACUAACCCAUUUACUGCACUCUGUAAGCUUAGUGGUGACUGUUGCAGAAACAGCCCAACAGAUUCUGAUAUAAUUGGUGGUGAUCAUCUUAACUUUCACUUUGGAUCCAUCCUAAAAAUAACAGGGCUACAGUACAGAGAUUUCAUUCAUAUCAGCUUUCAUAACAAGAUUUUCGAGAUCCCAUUUUUUGUUGCUUUGGAUCACAAAAAGGAGGCUAUUGUGGUUGCAGUGAGAGGAACCUUGUCUUUUGAGGAUCUCCUCACUGAUCUGUCAGCAGAGUGUGAAGACCUGACGCUCGAAGACGUUCUGGAAAAUGGUUUUGUACAUAAGGGGAUAACUCAAGCAGCAAAUUACAUCUACAGAAGGCUAAUAAAUGAUGGCAUUUUAAACCAGGCUUUCACCAUUGCUCCUGAAUAUAAACUAGUUAUAGUUGGUCACAGUUUAGGUGGUGGAACAGCUUCCAUAUUGGCCAUCAUGCUCAGAAACUCCUUCCCAACAUUAAGAUGUUAUGCCUUUUCUCCUCCAGGAGGAUUGUUAAGCAAAUCACUUGCAGACUACUCUAAAUGCUUCAUUGUGUCAGUCAUUGUUGGAAAGGACCUUGUUGCAAGGUUAAGUAUGCCAAACAUGGAAGACCUGAAGAGAAGGCUAGUGAGAAUAGUUGCUAAUUGUAACAGGCCGAAGUACCAGAUCCUGUUGUAUGGGUGUUGGUAUGAAGUGUUUGGAGGAGAUCCAGAUAACUUCCCAACUGAGUUAGAUGGUAGAAGUCAAGAUGCCCUAACCCAGCCUCUUCUAGCUGAAGAGAGUUUAAUGAUGCAUCGGUCACCUUCUUACAAUGCCAUUGAGGAUGAAUCUCCUUUAAAUGCUCCACCUCAGUAUCCUCAUCUUUAUCUCCCAGGAAAAAUCAUCCAUAUUGUAGAAGAAACCAGCUCAAGAAGGUGGUGUUCUUCUGAUGUUAAAUAUACUGCAAGAUGGUCAAAAGAAACAGCCUUUAGCAAUAUUUUAAUAAGUCCCAAGAUGAUAACGGAUCACAUGCCAGAUGUUGUGCUCAAAGCCCUGAACAACUUGACUGAGGAAAAAGCAUCUUGUAUUACCUGUCAAAUAGAAGGAGACUUUCACACCAACACAGUAUGACUAUAACUCUAAGAGAACAGCCCUAUUUUUUUUUCUUUAGGCUUCAAGUAUUCAGGAGCCUUUAACCUCAGACUUAAGUGGUGGUGUGGGUUUUGGGUUUUUUGUUUUUUUUUAACAUGCCUAAAAUAGAAACUGUGGAGGGGUUGUCUUGGUGACGGUCAUAAUGCAAAAUGCAUUUUACUCUGCAGAGGUUCUGCAAAAGUAAACAUUACUGGCUAACUGUAAUAAGAUAGUUAAAAUGAAUGUAUUCAAGAUUUUGACAGAAGCAAAUCUAACCUUUCUGGAAAUGGGACAGUAAGAUGAGUCUUAGCCAGUUACAUGUAAAUUACUGUAUCUUUCAUUUUACAGCUCGAAGGAUUUGGAUAAACUGCGAACGCAAUUCAUAGGGAGAUAAUUGAGCUAGAGCAGAGGAACCAUGACACCUAAAUUCUAAUUCUAGCUCUGCCACAGACUUGCUGUGUUAUCUUGAGCAUGUCACUUAACUUCCAUUGUGUCUCAGUUUUACAGAUGUAAAACUAGGGUAUUACCCAUCUUUGCAAAGCAUUGAGAUUCUUGGGUGAAAGGUGCUUAUGUAAAAGCACAGUAUUAAUAAUUAUUAGAAAUGAACACUGCCACUAGGAAGUUUCAUUAAAGGAAAUUGGGUAGUAAAUGAUGGUGCAGUUGCAAAUCUAGUGCAGAGAGGGUUUAAAAAAAAUAGAAAACUAUUUUGUUUUUAAACAGCCAGUCUUGAUUGCACUAGUUACCUUCUGAAAAUACCUCCAUGGUAUCUCAUUUAUUUCAUGACAAUUUUCUAAUAUUGGAUCUCUUGUUUUUCAAAAUGCUGCUUGGAUACAUGUGCAAUAUUUUUGUAUCUGUUUGUUUUUAACCCUAAAGGACUCAUUUUAAAUUCUAGAAUGUAGGAAUAAAUCCCCAAAGAAAUUCUUAAGGGAAUGACAGAGAAGCAUUGUACCCUUUCUACACUAGAUCCAGCCUGAGACUAAUGACCCUCUGACUCUUACCUUCCAUACAUUUGAUUUAGUUGCAAAGGUUUCUUAACUAGACAGUCCAAGUACCAAUUUUGCAACUCCACUAUUUAAAUUGAUUGUAUGGUGAAUGUCUGAUUAAACUUGGUUGCUUUGUACUGAGCAAGUGAUCCUUUUGUAAAAAGCAUAUGUUGCUUGUCAGAGACAGUCCCUUAUUGUAACCUUUAAAAAAAAAAAAAGUACAGAAUUUGUGUAUUGGGGUAGUGCAAGUUUGUUUUGGUAGUCCUGCUGUGCCCCUUCAAGCAGGAACAAAAUAAAAUCUCAAUGUGUCUCAGUGUAAGCAUGCAAGUGUAUGUGUAACACAGGACAGGAAAUUUAUGAUUUGUAUAUUAAAAAGCAAUGCAGGUUGUGGAUUUUGUGCUACAGCAACACUUUAAGUACUUAGUGUAGUGAUUUACACCGCCAAGACAAACCCCUCACAUCAUGUCUAGAGCACUUUGACCUAUUGCUGUUUGAAGUAUCACUGCACUCCCAGUGGAGGGCAUGCUAACUUGUCCUUUAGACCUGUCUUAAAUAUCGCCAUCAGAUUUUAGUACAGUAGUACCAAAACAAAGGCAAGAUGCUUCCUUUGAUUUUUCCCCUCUAGUGUGAAGUUUAAUCCCUGCUUGUAAGAGUUCCUAUUAACUGUCCCUGUGCACAUCACAGUAGCAGUCUUUCUGAGCAGCAAGGCUAGAAGUUUUCCUGUUGGGCACUGGGACAAAUCCACAACUGUUUGAGGUUUUAUAAAGAUCAGGGAGAUGACACCUGUAGUAAGAUAAGGCCCUGAAACAAACUCUUGUAGCAAGGGCCUGAAGCCUGAACCAAAGUAUUUCCAGGCAUUGCUAAGCAAAAGCUGGGCUGUGAGCCAGAGGCAGGCCCCACUCACAGAAGUUGGCAAGAAGAGGGCUGCUAAAAGCAGGUGCAUCCACACAUUAGUGCUAAUAAGAGGGACUUGUGCCAAGAUAGCAUCAGCACACUCCACAGAGCUAACAAGGAACAGGCAGGUGCAUAUUAAAGACAGGGUCAAAAGGACAACAUAAGGGAUAGAUUUGUUUGAACCAACAUGAUCAAAGGGGGGAGAUAGCCCCCAAUGAGUCAAGUGGCUGUACUGCAAUACAUCAGUAGUGAUGAGUAAUCUGUCCUGUAACUGUAUAAAAGUAGGUCCUGGAGUGCACAUCUAUGUCUGGCCUAGGGGGCAGUGGAAAGUCCUGCCACUGACUGAGCUGGUCCAUUGCUGGGGACAUAAAUUCAUAGUAUGUCUUGUAGAGUCUACAAGAAACUAUUACUGUGUUUCGUUUAAUAAACAUGGCUUACGUUCCUUCAUA